AUGGCUGCCACUGUGCUCGCUGCGGUGGACAGUCUAUCGCCCCCGGAAAACACAGCGCAUAACAAUGACAAUAACACCGAGACUCACACCCACCAUCGAUCUCGAUCCAGUACCAAUGACCGGAAUUCAGUUUCUACCAAGCGCCAAAGAAGGACUCUCGGGUCAUCGUCCGUGCUCAAGAUCCAUACCCCUCGUCAGAAGAUCACCCGAGCGUGCGAUCACUGCAAGGAAAAGAAGACCCGGUGCAGUGGGACUAUUCCCUGCGUAAGAUGUACGCGCCUAUCACUUGCAUGUGAAUAUAACGCCGCCUACUCACGAGGCCUCCCUCCUGAGCCUCUGCCCGCAUCCAUUGGCGAUCAGCCGGAGGACACCCGGACGGUCCGGGGCCCAAGAACCCGGCGCUCACAGUCAGUGGCAUGCUCCUCGCCACUCCUUAGAUCAAGCUCCCACCAGGCUUCGUAUGCUCACAGCAACCAUCUCACCUCUCAGCGCAAUUCACCAGACCCAGCGGUGACCGACCUGGAAGGAAACUACCUGGGGCCGGCCUCCGGCUUGUCCUUUCUCAAUCGCGUCUGGCGUCGCCUGCAUCAGGACGAGAAACGGACUCUUCCGGAUGCAGUGCAGAAUGAAUCCUCCUUUAAGAAUACCUCGGUGUUCAUGUUCGGAGAUAAGCCAUACACGGCACAGCACGAUGCCGGGUUCACACUCCCUCCGUAUGAGAAGGCGCGGGAAUUGGUCAGUACUUACUUCGACCUGUCUAUGGUUACGUAUCGCUUUUUGCACCGCGGUAGUGUGGAUCAAUGGCUUCAACAGGUGUAUGACUGUAAUUUCUCCGUAUCAAAUCCCCCAACUGGCCACAUGGUAGCUCGAACAGCUAUAAUAUUUAUGAUAUUUGCUGUGGCCACCCUAUAUGAGGAGCAAGACCUGGACAGUCGGAUCGAGAGGCAGCAUGGAAGCGAGCAAUGGUAUGCGGCCUCUAAGGCUAUUAUUGCUCUUGAGUCCGGAGCCCCGCGGAUAGAAACGGUUCAGGCGAGACUGGGCCUGUGUUUCUACUUACUCUCUUCCUCUAGAGCCAAUGAGUGCUGGUACUCUUUUGGUACGACACUUCAGCUGGUGACUGCCCUGGGGUUGCACCGCAGGCACCGUGGCAAAGCAUUGCACGAUGGCAAGUCCUAUCUGGAAAGGGAGCUUCGGAAACGCCUGUUCUGGAGCACAUAUACUUUGGAUAAAUAUCUCAGCGUUAUGUUCGGGAGACCGCGACUACUACAUGAUGAGGACAUUGACCAGGAGUUUCCCGAUGAGGCUCAUGAUGAAGACAUGCUGCAGGGAUCUUCGACUAGAUCAGGGGUGGGCGAUUGUAUGAUGACCGCUUCCGUUCUUCACUUCAGGCUGGGUUGUAUACUUGGCGAGAUAUCGCGGCAGUUAUAUUCUGUCACUUCCCUACCCAGAGAAGCGUCAUUUGAGAUGGCUGCACGUCUCAUGACGAAGCUUGAAGAGUGGAAAGCGGCCACACCUCCCCUGUUCAAUAGUGUCCGUGCGACGAGCCUGAUCCCUCCGCUAUGUAGGCAGAGUCAGGUUUUGCAACUGGCGUACUCACAUGCAGUGAUCCAUACGACCCGCUCAUUUUUGCUGAACGACUUCACGGAUCUCAACCGGAUGCCGCAGAUACCACAUUCCUCAGUGACUCACUAUGUGCUCAAAUGCAUCGCGGCUGCCGAGCAAGCCAUGGAAUUAGUGGAUAGCCUAGCCCAACAGAGGGUCCUGAUACAGUCGUUCUGGUUCACCCACUAUAUGUGCUUUUGGGCCAUCAUUGUGGUGUACAUAUAUACCAUUCAACAGCAUCGAUUAUCUACUACCUUUCGAGUCUCGUGCCACGGAAUCGAGGAUGUCAGCCGUCUAUAUUCACUUUUCAGCCUUGCGGAAAGCUGCCAGCAGCAUCUGGCGGAGGCUACGCGGAGGAAUUCCCCGAGCCGUCGCUACAGCAUCAUUCUGGAGGAGCUGAGGCGGGAGGUUCGUAGACGAAUUGGUUCAUCCAGCGACACCUCGGAUCAGUUUCGGGCUGUCUUCUUCCCCGGCCAGAUGCAGGGCUCAGUGGUAGCUCCAGGGCAGAUGAGCAUGACUAGCAUGUAUCCAUCUGGAAGACCUCUGGAGGCCGGUACUUCCAACUUGCCUGAUGCGUUACCGCCAACUAACUUCACACCGUCACCGCUGGAAUCGGAGAUGGAUCUGAGCUUUUUGAACAGCCUGGAGGGCUCUCUUCUGUGGACGCAAAUUGAUUCGUGGGCUUUUACGAACUUGGAUCAUUCACCCACACUUUAA